GUGACUGGACUCGCAGGACAGUAGCCUACAGUACAGUGCAGGGGUAGAGACAAACAGAGAGAGUGAGAAACAGAGAGAGGGAAAGAGAGAGCAAAGAAAGUUAGAAAGAAAAGGAAACGUGACAAGGAGUGUAAUCUGAAAUCUGAAGCUUAUACCUUUUCCUACCUGCGUCUGUCUGUGACUGCCUGUUUGAGUUUGUGUCUUGGUUUUGUGCUGGUUCUGACACAGACAAAACUAAGUUAGAGACAACAGAAGAGAAAUCAAAGGAAGGGAUUUUUUGUUCGCCUUUGGAUUUACAACAGGAGCGAAAGAAGGAAGAAGAAAGGAGAGAGAGGAAAAGAAAGAGUCCUUUUCUUUCGUCAAAGUAAGCAAAGGUGACCGUCGGUGGAGUCGUUGUCACCAUGAGGCCCCUCUCCAGCACCGCCUUCCUCUUCCUCGCCCUCUUCCUCAUCCUCGUCGCCACCCAGGACGCCCUGGCCUCCUCUCGAUCCCACGCCGCCCCGUCGCGCACCCGGCGGGACCUGAACAACCCCCUCCACCGCGGAGGCAUCCGGGACCCCCACGGCUCCUACUGUCAGAGGCGGGGCGGCUGCUGCCCCGGGAGGGACGACCAGUGCACCGUGCCUUACCUGGACACCAUCUGCUACUGCGACCUGUUCUGCAACCGCACCGUGUCCGACUGCUGCCCCGACUUCUGGGGCCACUGCUUGGGGGUGUCCCCGCCACACAUUGGUAUCUGUGAGAGGAAUGGAAACAGGUUCCACUCUGGGGCAACGUACAGAGACAACUGCAAUUUAUGUACGUGUGGCCGGGAUGGUCGAUGGGACUGUGAGCAGAAUGCCUGUCUGAUGGAGGAUGACAUGAUCCAGGCAGUCAACAGAGGAAACUACGGAUGGAGGGCGUCCAACUACACUAAGUUCUGGGGCAUGACUCUGGAUGAGGGGCUACGCUACAGGUUGGGUACCCAGCCCCCCUCACGCAUCGUCAAGAACAUGAACGAGAUGCAGAUGAACAUGGAUGACAGCAAGCAAUUGCCGCGCUAUUUCAACGCUGCGGAGAACUGGCCAGGGAAGAUCCACGAGCCGCUGGACCAGGGGAACUGUGCCGCGUCCUGGGCCUUCUCCACAGCAGCUGUGGCGUCCGACCGCAUCGCCAUCCAGUCCAUGGGUCACAUGACUCCUCAGCUGUCGCCACAGAACCUCAUUUCCUGUGACACGCGGAACCAGGGUGGCUGUGCCGGGGGCCGCAUCGACGGGGCCUGGUGGUACCUGCGCCGCAGAGGGGUUGUGACGGAGGAGUGCUACCCCUACGCCCCUCCCCAGGAAGCCCAGUUGGAGAGGGCCAACUGCAUGAUGCACAGCCGCUCAGUAGGGCGGGGCAAGAGGCAGGCCACCGCCCCCUGCCCCAACUCACACGCCUACAACAACGACAUAUACCAGUCCACGCCACCAUACAGGCUGUCCACCAACGAGAAAGAAAUCAUGAAGGAGAUCAUGGAUAAUGGCCCAGUACAAGCCAUCCUGGAGGUCCACGAGGAUUUCUUUGUUUACAAGGGCGGGAUCUACAGGCACACGGACGUCAACUACCACAAGCUGCCUCACUACCGCAAGCACGGAACGCACUCUGUCAGGAUCACAGGAUGGGGAGAGGAGGCAAGCCAUUCCGGAACAAGGAAAUACUGGCUGGCGGCUAACUCCUGGGGUAAAGACUGGGGAGAGGACGGCUACUUCCGCAUCGCCCGCGGGGAGAACGAGUGUCAGAUCGAGGCCUUCGUGAUCGGCGUUUGGGGACGCGUCACCAUGGAGGACAUGCAAAACCACCACAACCAUCAUGGCCGGCGCAAGUAGACAGACGCACGUUCCAGAACCCAACCCCCCCCCACCAUAAAUAAAAAACAACCCACCCCAAACAAGAGCUACAACAAAACACAAUCUCCACUCACUAUCACCACAGCCCCCUCCCCCUACCACUCAGAGCGACAUUCUCAUUGGCCGUGAGGUAUUCUAGAAGGCUAGCCCCUCCUAAUAUCCUUGUGUAAACAACAAACAACACACAAGAAUUCCAAAAGACUUGAAAUCUACAACGUAACCAUUGGCUGAUACUCACACCCACCCGCAUACACACCCGCACACACACCCGCACACACACCCACACACACACACACACACACACACAUAACCACUCAGGACACUCUGCUAUUCCAAAGACCAUGUGUAACGAUGAUGAUGUCAGAUAUGAAGUGAACACAAUCACACGACACGACGCGUUCCCCACAGACUCUCCGCUUUCACCGCUCUUUGACGUCAAAAUGUGGGAUCCAAUGAGUAUAUAUGCACAGUCAUUGGUGGGAUCACUUUCCGAUAAUUAUAGCUGCCUACGUACUGUAUGUGUGUAAUGCUAUGAUAGCUGCUAACUAGCUUCGUUUCCCAGGCGACUGUUGUUCAGUGAGUGGUCGAGACAGCUAGCUGGACUUUGGCCAGGAGGAGGAGGGGGGUUGGGGGCUUUUCGUUUGGAUAAAAUCAAAACAAACAAACAAAAAAAGAUGGUUACCUGUUUUUAGAUGUGGGCGUGAAUAUAUUGCUUCUGCUAGCACCCUCUGCAAGUGGAAUUUAUGUAUGUGUGUUUGUGAUCAUGUAUCAUGCAUCAUAUAAAGGGCAAGAAUCUUGUCACAUAGGCCCACAUUAUGACUUGUUUUUUUGUGCCCUGACUAGUUUCUCUGCCCUUCAUAGACAAUGGGCAGAUGAUCCAUUACCAAAUCCUUCAACAAGUUCUUCUCACAUUCCCCUCAGAACCCAGAACUCAAACUGAACUCAAGACACUGGACAAUCCCAGCAGAAGGUGCCUUGAGAUAAGCUUCUCAAUCUAGAGUUGGAGUUGACCAAUAAUUUAUUACAAAAAAAAACAUUAGCCUAUGUGACUACACUAUAUUAUAUAGUUUUGUAAUAUAAAGGUAUCUAUUGCUAUGCACAGACAAGUAUGAGUUUGUGGGAGCUCUGUUGUUCCCUUAUGGAUUGUACUGUAGAUCCAGCCUUCACAUUUCAUAAAUAGCCUACAUAGAUCUCCACGUGAAGUUAUCAUGGCCUCUUUUGUCAUUUAGCCUUUCAGCGUGUGAAAAUGUGAUGUAUGAGGUCAUACGUCAUUGUACGUUUUGCAAAGUACAGCCUGAUGGUGUUGUUUGCAGUCUCCAUGUGAAAGAAAAGAGAGACAGAGAGAGAGAGAGAGAGAGAGAGAGAGAGAGAGAGAGAGAGAGAGAGAGAUAGACAGACAUAUAGACCAAGAGGGGUGGGGAGGGGUAAAUUGUCGCGAUGGAAUUCCGAAAUUCCGAAAUUCCGAGUAAUGCUGCCGCCAUAGCCCACCUGCUUCCCAUUCUGGCUAAAAACGUCAAUCACUCCACAGCCCCACACACCAGGUGUACGCCAACCAUACAUCAUUACGCUGACGGCUCAAUGUGGGUCCUGUCACUCUCUCCCAUCAACACAAACAUAAAAAGCCAGAAAAAAAGAGGAAAAAGGAGAGACAUGAUUAAAAGGUUUCGCUCGCUCGUCUGAAACCCUGAGGGUCUUUUUUUUGUUUUCAAAGAAAGUACAAAAAUUGUGUCGGAGACAUUUCAGUGCUAUUCUGUCGGAUACCAAAAAACAUGUAAGACUUUACACUCUGCUGUUGUUCUGUGGAAAUGGUCUGCCUUGUCGACAUGAGCUACCAGUAGCCUGAUGACUUAAAGGUGCACUGUGUAGGAUGGUGGCCAGAGUAGGUAUCGCAACUACCACCAUGGUGCUGCUUUGUAAUGGCUAAAUUGUAGCUCAGAGUGAAAUGGAGGUUAUUCAUCAAUGGUCUAUGCACCCAAGAGGAGCAAAGGGCUUAAGUCAAUGAAGUCAAAUUGUACCCGAGGGCUGCCACUGGACUUUGUAAUGGCUAAAUUGUAGCUCAGGUCGACGGCUGGGUCAUAUCAACAGGACACUGUGGGCAUUUCUCAAAACAUAGUGUGCACACUUCAAAGUGUAUUCAGCCUAAUUAGUCACGCCCAGUGAUAGGAUACUCUUUAUUAGUCAGACCCAGUGAUUAGGCACUCUUUGGUGAACUCUACUCUUUGGUGAACUCUGCUGAGUAUCCAAUCACUGGACGUGACUACAGUAAUUAGGCUGAUACACUUGGAAGUGCGCGCACUAGGUUUUGAGAAAUGCCCUGUCUGUGGGAUCCAAAUGGAGCGUCUGUAUGUAUUAUAGUCUUAAUCUGUAUUAUUAUCAUCCUGUAAAGUGUAUGAGAGUCAAGUAUUAUUAACGCUACAGGACUAUUUGCUGUUGAUGUUGAUUUUCACAGUUUUUCUCUGCUGUAUUUUCUACUUUUUUGUGGUUUUAAAACUAUGUGAAAAAAACUGAUGUUUUGCUAUGGUGCAUUAUUCUUUUCUUCCUUUUUGUUGUUUAGAUAUUAUUAGCAUGGUGUCCAUCUUUCUCUGCGUGUAAUCCGAAUAUCACACGACCCCAAUGUCACCUGUCCCCCAUCACAACAUCACUCCUCUAAUUUCCAUUCACUGUGGUGACAGAAGAAUAGAAUGCAAAUUUACAGGGCAGAGCAAAAGCAAACACUUUUUGCUCAGGACUGCUGACAGCUUUUGGUCGGCCCCUGGACAAAAUCGUCUGAAAGGGCCCCCUCCUCAAUACAUAAUAAUACAAUGUUAUGAGAACCUAAUUCUGGGCUACCUCUCUCGCUGGUCCUGGGGAAAAAGGACCCCUUUGUCCCUCCCCAGCCUCCGUCAGCAUCCCUGCCUUUGCUUUCACUCUGCCAGUGCUCAUCAAUAAGCAGGUGGUAAACAGAGGUUGUUCCAGUGUUUGUUGACCUAGCGUAGCAGAGAGGGCAGUUAUUGGUUCACCAGUCACUGAAGCCAUUAAGGCUGGUCUUGCACAAUGAAUGAGCACGUGCAGAAGACAGAGGUGUUGACCCUGCUGUGCUAGCAGACCUGUCACAACCAGGCAAGUAAAUAAGGCAAUUGCCUUGGGGCUCCGGCUAAAAGGGGGGCCCCCUGAGUGAUAAUGACUGGUAUGUUGUUCAGAUGACAGCAAUGGCAACUUUGUGAGUACGGAGCACAUCCCUGAAUUCAGUGACUGAGAAGUGCAAUGAGACUGUCUAUCAAGGGCUCCUAUCUAACAGUUUGAAGAGGAAAAAGGGGGCCCCAAGUCCCUCUUUGCCUAGGGCCCCUAAACACCUUGAAACGGCCCUGUGUGUCAGUAGUGGUGUUUUUCCUGCUGACCCUGAGUGGCCUGGCAGUUCUGUCUCAUUGACCAAGUCACAUGUACAUGCACAUGCAUGCACCCAUCCAACCUUUACACAACACACACACACACACACACACACACAC